CACGACGACAUAAAGCUGACAUGAAUACAACUAUGUCACCAACUUCUAUAAAACCUUCUCUAAAACUCUCCCCUUUUUCCACCGCCGCCCCCCCGCCCGCCGCCAUCGCGACACACUCUCUCUGCCUAAGCAUUAAAACCCACGCAUAAACAUCUUUUCAUUCACAUAACUGGCAAGUUUCUUUCUUUCUUUUUGUAUUUUUUUUUCCUUCCAUUUCUUUGCGUUCUUUAACUACAUGAACGUGUAAUGGGCAACCUAUGCACUUGUUUCUCUCCCAAAACUCCUGUAAAAAACAAGAAACCCACAAAACGUUUACAGGGUAACCCGCAAACCGCACCCAAUUCAAGCAACAGGUGGACCCGGAUCCGAUCAACCCGUAAAGACAACCAUGAUGAAUUGAUUCACGAACAUGCUUUAGCUGCAGCAAUUCUGUUUAGGCAGCACCAGCAACAAAACGGUUCCGCUUCCGGGUCAUUUCCUUUUGAUCGCUCCGUUUCUUUAAGACACCCGAACGGUUCUGGGUCAAAGAAGAGCCAGUUGCCUCGGAGCUCUAGUUCUCGAGCCCGGUCACUUACUGACCCGUUAUUGCAGCCUCAUCAGCUUGUUAACCAGGAUAUUAAGCUUGAUGAUCUUGAGACCAACCACUUUGUCCUUGUCCAUGGAGGUGGCUUUGGUGCCUGGUGUUGGUAUAAAACUAUAGCACUUCUAGAAGAGGGUGGUUUCAAAGUUACUGCCGUGGACUUAACUGGUUCUGGCAUUCAUUCUUUUGAUACAAAUGGCAUCACCAGUCUUUCUCAAUAUGUGAAGCCUCUUACUGAUUUUCUUGACAAGCUGGUUGAUGGGGAGAAGACAAUAUUGGUGGGCCAUGACUUUGGUGGUGCUUGUAUAUCAUAUGCAAUGGAGUUGUUUCCUCAUAAAGUUUCAAAGGCUAUUUUUGUUGCUGCGGCAAUGUUGACUAAUGGACAAAGUACUCUUGAUAUGUUCUCCCAGAAGGCAGGUUCGAGUGAUUUAAUGCAGCAGGCACAAAUAUUUGUGUAUGCAAAUGGGAAUAAUAAUCCUCCAACUGCCAUUAAUCUGGACAAGUCAAUAUUGAGAGAUUUGUUGUUCAAUCAAAGUCCUGGCAAGGAUGUAGCAUUGGCAUCUGUUUCAAUUAGACCAAUUCCCUUUCCACCGGUUUUGGAGAAGCUGAGUCUUUCUGACUUGAAGUAUGGAACUGUGAGGAGGUUUUAUAUAGAGACUCCUGAAGAUAAUGCCAUACCUAUCACAUUACAGGAAAGCAUGAUAAACUCAAGUCCCCCAGAAAAAGUAUUUCGUUUAAAAGGUGCUGAUCACUCGCCUUUUUUCUCUAAGCCACAAGCCCUGCACAAGUUAUUGGUAGAGAUAUCGAAGAUCCCAUCAACUUGAAAGUUUUUGGUUAUUAUUUAACACCCUCUCUGAAAAUCCUCUUACAUAGAGCUUCAUGUAGUACAGGAUUGCUACUCUCAUCGGUCUUCUCUGCCACCGAUUAGAAGAAAGGAUUCUGGGUGGUUAUGUACAUGCAAAUAGCAUUAGAUAUUGUCAUCUAUUUGCACAAAAUUUCUAGCAUCUUCUGCCACUUUUCUUUUCUUUUUCUUUUUCUUCUUUUUUCUUUUUUUUUUUUUUUUUUUUUUUUGGGGGGGGGGGGGGGAGGGGUGUUACAGAAAUGAUGUACUUUGCUCUCGUCCGUCAUUAGACUUGCUAAAUUGCUUAUGUUAACACCUUCAGACAAGUAGCUUGGGUUUGUUCAUAAUCUCACUAGACGGGUAGCUUGAGUUAAAGCUUGUUUGGAAAAGGAGAAUACAAGAGAAUUGGGUGAAAAAUCCAAGAUAGAAUGGUGAGUGAUGGCAGCAUACGUAUUAAUGGAAAAGAGCAAUUUAUAAUGGGAUCAAAAUUUAACAGGUCUGCUGAUGUCAAUCUGAGGGCCUGAAACAUUGUUUUUAAAAGAACAUGGUGCAAAUGAUUUGGGGAAAAUGGAGGGUAAUAAUUCUGAUUCACUUGCUGUCUAUUAUAUGUCUCUCCUUUUUAUAGAGACAAAGUUCUGUUCUUACAUCGCUUUCAUAUUCGGCAACGAAACUAUUGUUUAUAUGUAUAGUCUUUCUCUCUCCUUCUACCAUUAAUAUCAAUAAAAAGCAAACUUGUGGCCCA